AUGAAACUGAAGAGCAGAAGGGCAAAACUUCACGACAGACUGAAAAAAAAACUCAGAGCAGAAACAGCAAACUGUGAGAAACAGCGAACUACAUGGUAAGAGGUCUAUUUUCUUCUUAUUUCACCGUUUAUUGUUUGUUUUUCUCUCUUCUUUUCUUAUCAAAGCUCCACAUUAAUGAGAGAGUUAUUAAGCGAAUAUUAUUUCAGAGGAGCUCUGCUUUUCUUUUUAACUCUAAUAUUCACAUUAAAAAAUGUCUUUUUGGUGAUUUUAUCAGCUGAUCAAAUCUGUAAAGUUUCUGACUUUGACGGGACAUCUAGUGUAGAAAUGUUGUCUUUAUUCUGUAAAGUGUUGACUCUAGUUUAGAUACCCAGAAGUGUCCGUCUCUAAGACUUUGGAUGAAGACAUCAGAACAAUAGAAAUAAUGAAGGACGGUCCAAAGACUAACAGACAGAGAAUCAACCUGGAUCUGUCCUCAGGACGGGUUUGAGGACAGAUCUAGAUCUCAGCUUUAGAAGGUUUAGACCGAAAACUUUCAUUCUAAUUCUUGUGAGGAGGUGGUUUCAGUGUGAAGUUCAGCAACAAUUGUUCACAUUAACAGAUACCUUGAGCAGCACUGGGUGUUACUUCCUCAAACUUAUUUACUUCAUGUCACUCACUUCCUGUCUGUUAGUCUCAGCAGUAGAAAGUUGUUCAGAGAGUUCAGAUGGUUUCUUGGUCUGUGGGUCUAAACUGGAUGUUUUAAGAUGAAUGAGUGAUUCACUGACGCAGAUGAGUUUGUGUGAGUGUCAGAUGUCUGUAGUCCAGUAUGAGGAGUCGACCAAAUUAUGGAAGAAGAAGAAAAAACUGGGAAACCUGUUUGUUCCUAAAGGAAGCACAAACACUGCAUAAUAACAUAAAGUGUGUGUGGUUCCUCUGACAGGGUGAAGAUGGUCUCCAGGUUCCUGCUGCUCAUGGCUCUGAGCGUCUGUGUCUCUGGUUGGUUUCCACCUUCACUUUCUUCUCCACAAAGAGAAAAGAGGAGAUCCACUUUGAGACUGACUGAAACACUUGAACACUUCCAUUAGAAAAGAUGUUGAAAGACUCACAUGUUCCUGUGUUUUUCUGCUCCUCUCUUUCCCUCUCUGUCUUCUCUACAGGAACACUUGUAGUCAAUGCGGCUCACAGAUCCUAUCAGGCAAAAGUGGACCAGAACCUCACCCUGGAGUGGACCUUCACACCCAAACCUGACAGCUCUCUGAAGACUCUGAACAUUUUCUGUUCCAUGGUCAACCCACAGAAAGACUUAGUCUUGUUCCAUCUCCAUGAAGGAGUUGAGGUCCCACAGAAGGAGGGAGACUUUGUAGGACGAGUCCAGUGUGAAAAAGAGGUCCUCAAAGAGGGACAGAUCAGACUUCAUGUGUCCUCACUCAAGACUGAAGACUCAGGCUGGUAUCGGUGUGAAGUCCUCACUGAAUAUGGGAGCAGCUUGGACAGAUGUUAUCUAAAUGUGAUCGGUGAGUUGAUUUAUUUCUCAGCAGAACUUUAAAAAGAUGUUCAGUUCAGGUUCUGUUUCUCUUUGGAUCUUCUCCAAACCUGAAUCAGACCUUUUAUGAGCUUUAACAUGAAGGUCCUAAAAGUAGAGAGGGUCUAUGAAUCCUGGACCCUGAUUGGUAGAUGGUUCCAAAGGAGAAGGGUCUGAUUACUGAAGGUCCUGCCUCCUGUAUGACUUUCAGAGACUUUACUAGAGCAAACUGAGACCUGCAGUAAUCACAGAAACAUGAUCAAGUCUUUGUUUGUCUCCUUCCAGCAGCCAAGAACCAGAACUGGUCUGAGGGUGAAGCAGAGAAGACAAACACAGAGAUGGAAAGAUUGAAACACAUCAUCAUCAUCAUUACAAUGGUAACAAUAUUAGGAACUAUUUUGAUCUUUAUUCUUUACUGUUGCAUCACUCGCUUUCUUCCUGUUUGUGGCCAUGAUUCUGGGGAAGUUCGAAAUGGCAGCCUCAUCAGUCUUCACAUCACUGUGCCAAAUGGGAAUGUAACUGUAAGAGAACUGACGGGCCUACCUUUGCAGGGAAACGGACUCUCAGAGCAGACAUAG